AUGUAUUGGGACAAUCCUGCUAUAAGACACUGUGAGCCGAGAGAGAGCUACAACUUCAAGCCCAAGCAGGCUGCUCUCGCUGCGGAGGCUUCACUGGAAGCUGGGUCAAGUCUCGAUAUGAUGGACCAGUCUUACAAUGGCUGCAACAUUCAGAUGGCAGCAAUGGUGACAUGGACAUGGACACGGACAGCGCCAGCAAUGAGGACCGUUACUCAGUUGAAUCCCAGCUACUCUCUGCCUAGGAAACAGCUGCCUGCACUAACAAACACGUAUCUCACUUGGAAGCAUAACAAUUCACUCAACAUCGCUCAAAUUUCGGCUCACAAGUUCCAGGUCACAGUGAUGCAUGUCUUUGAACUAGACUAUUUUCAUGAUAUCAUGCCACAGGAUGAAGAAGUCGUGAAUGUGUCUCUAUUGCAUGCAUUCACAAAGGUUUUGUGCACAAUACAUAAUGUCGAUUACGCGCAAAGAUUUCGUUAUCAAUUUUCAAUCACAUUCAAUGUCUACCUUCAACAUGGUUGUCCACCGUGCAUGUUUGAGCAACCUAAUGAAUGUCCACUGUAUCCUGCCAGUCUCAAAGCGAUGGAUGGGAACAAUUCCGCAAAACGCAUGGCAAAUGCUGGCAGUGCUGAUCCCCGCAUCUUUCCCAGCAGAUACAUGAUUCCCCUGGAUCAAGUUGACAUGUUCAAGGAUGAUGUGCAACUACAUCCUGGUGAAUGUGGAGCCGAUCAACUAAUGUUAUGUACUGACAACUGGAAAGCCACUAACUCAACCGAGGAGAACACCGUCCAUGUUUUUGAACAGACUGGUAUCUUCCUCUCUGCGUGUCGACAUGGAAUUGUCCAAACAGUCACUAAGAUGUGUCGCAGUGGCAAGCUUGCGAAAUAUCCUCUCACGACCAUAAACAAGCUUCUCGACAUCUUCGACUUGCAUUUUGACCAAUGGGACAUGGAUAAAUAUUUGGAACUCAGCCGCUUUAUUUUCAAUAACUACAAACAAGUGGUUACCCUGAUUAAUGAUUUCACUCAAGAACUCAAUGCCAUGGAUCUCAAAACUUGGGUAACCGAAGAACUCGCAUAUAUGGAGUCCAUUGCAUCAGAGCCUGCACGUGACACUCUCACAGUCAAUUACGUCGAAGCGCUUGAGAAGCUCAACACAUACCAAAUGGACCAAUUUUUGACGUACUUGCCGUCAUCAUUCACACCUGACUCUGGGUUGAGUGUUGCAGCUUCACAAUCAACUAAGCAGGCACAAGCUAUAAACUUUGACGACAAAUAUCUUGAGCCAUCAUCAAACGAUUGGGUGCAAUUCAUACAGCACUGGACAAGUACAACAAGCUUGCUGUCACACAAAAUUUGCGAAGGCCAACACUACAAUAUACCUUGGAGCAAUACCACACAUUGUGGGAUGGCCGUCAAGUACUUCAAGAUUCUCUGA